UUUUAAUAAAGCCUCUACGACCGAGAAAGGCGUUCAUUCCCAGACGCUCGAUCUGUUUGUGCGCUCUAUUUGUGUUUCAUUAUCUGUAAUUUCUCUCCCAGUGUUACCAUUGCAGCGUAAUACAUACUAAACAACAAUGAGUGACGCCGAUAAGGAAUUCGUGGAGCGGGAGUCCCGUUCGACCUCUAGGAGCCCAAGUCCUAGAGGAUCUGCUAAGUCAGCCAGUCGCUCGCCGGAACGCUCACCCGCUCGGUCGAAAGAGGGGUCCCACCACUCUCGCUCGAAGUCCCGCUCUCGCUCCAGGUCCAAGACUCGGUCCCGUUCCCAUCGGAGUUCUCGCCGACACUACAGUCGUUCCUGUUCACGCUCUCAUUCUCGCCGGAGACGUUCACGCAGCCGCUCAUACAGCAGUGAAUACCGUCGCCACCGCAGUCAUAGUCAUUCUCCUAUGUCCAACCGUAGACGUCACGUUGGAGACCGGGCAAACCCAGACCCAAACAGCUGCCUGGGAGUGUUUGGCCUGAGCCUGUACACUACCGAGAGAGACCUGAGGGAGGUAUUCUCCAAGUUUGGCCCUCUGAGUGAUGUCAGCAUUGUGUAUGACCAGCAGUCUCGACGCUCCAGGGGUUUUGCCUUUGUCUACUUUGAGAACAGAGAAGAUUCAAAAGAGGCUAAAGAGCGUGCAAAUGGUAUGGAACUAGAUGGCCGCAGAAUCAGAGUUGACUACUCGAUUACCAAGAGGCGCCACACACCUACUCCAGGAAUAUAUAUGGGCAGACCAACAUAUGGCGGAGGCCCGAGUGUUAGCCGUCGCCGUGAUUACUAUGAACGAGGCUAUGAGCGUGGAUAUGAUCGCUAUGAUGACCGUGACUACUACAACAGCAGGUCAUACAGGAGAAGAUCCCCCUCUCCUUACUACGGCCGAGGACCGUACAGGUCAAGAUCACGCUCUCGCUCCUACUCCCCUCGUCAUUACUGAAGUGAAGUUUGACUCCUCUCGCCAUCCCUGAAGAUGAUGUUGAUGACAUUCUUGUUGACGUAGAUGUUUAUUUCUGGUGGCAUGAGUUUGGAUGUACUUUAAACUCAAUCCCUUUGAUUUUUUUGCUUAAAGGUUUCACAUGUCUUUGACUGAUCUGGAUAUUUCAGUAGUUUGAAUAUUUGUGCACAGUUGAUUUUUUUUUUUUCUUUUUUGUCGAUCCGAUGCUGAACUUGCAUUUAUUUUAUUUGAUAAAGUGUCCUGCUCACACCCCAUUAUGUUUUUAUGCGUUUUAAGCUUAGUUUAAGCCUAGUUUAAGCUUGCAAUAAACUGCUUUAUACCUCCCACCUGA